UUCGUGUCAAAGUCAACAAGUCUGAAUUCAGUCGUUUUGCGGUUUCUCUUGGUCGAGGGAAAUGAGUGGUGUGCGAACUGUUGGUGUGGUGCUGUUUGGCUGUGGCACGGUCGGAAAGGCUGUGCUGCGACGCCUCGCAGCCGCUCAGGCUCAUCACGCCGACAAGUUUCAGUUGGCAUUCAAAGUGAGGGCUGUCGUCGACAGUGCAGGCGCUGUGCUCUCGGAGGAUGAAGUGGACAGCGACGCCGUCCUCGAGUGCAAGGAGCAGCACCAGCCGUUGUCUGGGCUCCCUGGCUUUGUGGUGAAAGAGGAAGCAACUGGGAAGCUUCAGGCUCUCCAACAGGAACCAAACAUCUUUGUUGAUUGCACCGCGACGGACGGCAUCAUGGGGCUCUUGCAGGAAGCGCUGACCAAGGGUGCAGGCGUUGUGUUUGCAAACAAAAAGUGCUUGACAGCCUCCAUGGACGACUUCCAUAAGUUUGUGCAUCCACGCCACAUGCGGCGCUGUCGCUUUGAAUCCUCUGUCGGUGCCGGCACGCCCUUUGUCGCCAGCACGCAGCGCGUUGUUGCCGCCCACGACACCAUCAACUCCAUCCAAGGCACGUUUAGCGGCACCCUCGGGUACAUCACGUCGGGUCUGGAUGACGGCCGCCGGCUGAGCCAGCUGGUGCAGGAGGCAUAUGACCGCGGCUUUACAGAGCCAGACCCAAGGUGCCAAUGUGACUCUACUGCCCGGCAGUUCCAUCUUCAUCCUUGA